AUGGUGCACCUCGCCCUGGGCCGUGCGGCAUCUGUUUCCAUUCGCUGCAGCAGCGCAAGUGUAGACAGGCCAGGCGGUGGCGCGCUGCGAACGGCGACGCCCGCGCCGGCUGCGGCAGGCGACCUUGCGGCGACAGUGUCCGUCUCGCGCCCGGGCGGCGGCGCUGGCCGGUUGGGCCCCGUGGCGCCGGCUACGGCCACCAUCAACCUUGACAGCCCGCUCCUCAGCUUUGACCGCCCGGCCGGCGGCGGCAGCCGCCUGGCGCCCCUCGCUAGCGCGCCUGCUCCACUCUCCGCGCCCCUGGCGUUCCCGCAGCGCCCGGGUGGCCGCGGCGGUAGCCGCAGCGGCCUCGUGGCCCCCGUCGCUGCAGUUGGCGGCAACGAUGGCGGCGAUGUCGGCUCGAUCAAUGGCGGUAGCGGCGGCGGUGGCGGCGGCGGUGGCGGCGGCGGUGGCGGCGGCGGCAGCUCUGGCGGCGAGGGCGAAGGCGCCAAGGCCAGCACCUACGCUGUGCUCCUUGUGGGCUGGGCUGGCGCAUGCGUGGCCGCCUACACAGCUCACAAUGCGUUCAUUGCGCCCGCAAAGGCUAGCGCGGCCCCUGCCGUGAAGGCUUGCUGCGGGGGCAAAGGCAAAGGGAAGUCAAAGUAG